ACAUGUUGUGUUUGACAUCAAAAUAACAUAACCUUAGUAAUUUUAUAACGAAUUUAAUCUGUUUGCCAGCUUGUGUUAUUUUAAAUGAUUGAAGUUUAAUAAGUUUAAAAUGGAUAAAAGUUUUCAAAGCUCCAUUUCUGUGAAAAGUCCAUUUAGUCCCAGGUCAAGAACUAGUCUUAGUUCAAAACGUAUUUUGCCGGCUUCCUUUAGAAAAUCAUCACGAUUGAGUAUAUCAGGAAAGUCCACACAAUCGGUACAGGUAGUAUUAAAAUCUACAAAUAAUUAUGUUGAAAGGUUUGGGCAAUCCUUACCUGUUCUUAUAACAGAAGCUCUAACGUUUGCGGAUAGGAACACUGUUGUGUCUGCUGGGAUAUCAGAAUGUGGAUAUGCAUGGGUCGUUUGUGGAAGAAGACUAUUGAUAUGGCAGUAUCGUCAGAGUAUUUCGGCCCCUGGAACUCCACAAAGAAAACAUGGUAUUGUAAACCAAUGUUUUGAGCUCCAACUACCUCAAAGUGAUUUGGCUCAUAGAGCUGAACUGGUUUCAGUUUUUAUCAAUUCUGGAUCAAAUAAUCCUUCGUGUAUUGCUGUAUCCCCUGAAGGUGUUCUCAGAUAUUGGCCUGCAAUUGCUCAUGAAGGAGUAACAGUUGAACAAACUGUAGAUCUUCAGGGUCAAGAAUGUGAUAGCUUAACAAAUGCUGAAGGUCUAGGUUGUGUUCUUGCCACAACCACAUGUACUGUUGUUCUAGUUCAACCCCAAAUUAUUAGUGGAAGACAUUUGUUGCACUGUAAGCCACUGAAAACUCCAAGUGGCUGGUUAGGAGGGAUUAGUAGAAGGAUGUCUUCACUUAUCUUUGGACCUAUUUCCAGUGAACAAUCUAAUGAAACGCGCUUGGUUCGUGUAUUGAGCAUCCCAAACAAGGACAGCACAUGGACAGUGUAUGUACUUGCGGGUCAUUCACUGCAAAAAUGGACGCUUUCGAGCAAUGAGAAUGAACAACUCAUUUUUAUGUCUGAUUUGAACAGAACAGUGAGAGAAAAAUUUAGAAUAACUCUAAGGGAAAAGUUUAGAGAAGUACCAUGGGAUCAAACUGAGAUGGAUACAUGGUUAAUGGAUAGUCAGAACAUUGAUACUUGGUUGUUGGAUAUACAAACUGACAAAGACAAUAUUAUUAUUCUAGCAGCUGCAGUCAACAUGCAGAUGUCACCAAGGGUUCAUUAUGCAAUGAUCUCAUUUUCUACAAACGAUGGUACUCCCGAAAUUAAAGACUUUGUUCUUUUGAUGAUGACUGGACUAUACAGAGAUGAUAAUCCCUCAGAUUCGCUGUCUUACAGAUUUUUAAUAUGUGGUACCAGUGCAUACUUGUAUAAUUCAAAAACUAUUACCGUAAUUCGGCCUCAAGAGGAACCAGAUGUAUUGGAAUUCACUUCUUCCCAAGAUGUAUUAUUAGGUGGCUCCGUGUGUAUCAACACUCCGGUGUUCUUUUCCAGGAUCAAUGGACUUAUUGCAGUUUGUGGCAACGAUCAGGAUUUAAUGAAUCCAAGUUUGACGUCGCAUAACCUUCUUGAAAGUUCUUUUAAUGAAACGGCAGUCGUGAAUAAUUUAUCCGUGUACACUAUUGACCCGGAAGAAUUGCACAGUGCAUACAAAGAUACUAUUGGACAAAUGAAAGCAGCGUUUAUCUUCCAUAUUCGCAACCAACAAUCUGCAUAUCAAGAGAUACUUAGUGAACUAUUCCCAGUCGAUAGCUAUACACUGCCAAGCAUCAAUAGCGCUUUGGACAAAGUAGUAAUCAGAAUGUGUAAAGAGUUAAUAGAUGAUAUACCAGCAGGGGACCCUCGUUGGACGAGAGAUAAUCCACCUGGAAUCGGAAGUUCGUAUUCGAUGCAGGUGUUGCACCAACUAGAAGACAAACAAAAAGCUAUUAGUCUGUAUUUGAAGUUUAUUAAGGAUUCUGGAUUAUGGAAAAAAUUGUCUGGUUGUACUAUUAGAAAUACAGCAAUGGCUACAGUUCAUGUUCUGGGAGAGUACGUUGAAAAGAUCUCCGCUGCCAUAAUAUUGAAAAGUCUACCGAAUAACCUUUUACUCGAAAACGCAAUCGAGAAGGCCCUCGAUAACUACGAAACGGAACCGUGCAACAGUCUUACAAACCAAGACGUAUUUUAUAGAGAAGUCAGUAAGGUAUACACUGUCAUCCAGGAAUUGGCAAAUUGUUGUGAGGAUGCUGCUCAUUCGGAUUUAAGCCCGGCGCAGAUAGCACAAAAUGUACACGAUACAAACGAAAUAAUAUUGACGGUCAUUAAUGAAGUUAUACAAUUUAGAAACCAAAAUAUCAACAAUUUUCUACCAUCCGAAGAAACAAAGACUUUAGAUCUUGAAUAUGUUCCUUGGACAGCUGCCAAUGGCGAAGAAGGUCUCACGGAUGCUUUAUUGCAACAGCAUAUCCUGACCUACAGUUAUGGCUUAAAGUUGGUUACACACGGACAGUUGCGGCACUCUCUUUUAGACCAUUUCGUGGGUUUGACUGAUGUAAUAUUGGACGGCAGAAAAAGUCAUUUGGAAAGUAUUCAAAACACGGCAAGAGAAAAUGUUCUAUAUAGGCAAUACUGUAAUGACAGACACAAACUUAUCAAACCUUUGCUAAGCGAAAAAGAAUAUGAAAAAGCCAUGCUGUUAGCAGAAAAAUAUUUAGAUUUUGAAACAUUAGUAAUAAUAUGUGAAGCCACAGACAACCAAGCACGAUUGGACGAAUACAUGGACAGAUUCAGUAAUAAUGGUUUUUCAGAAUACGUCUACAAUUGGUUUCUGAAAGAAAACAAGCAGGGAAAAUUAUUAGAUAAAUAUAGGAAGAGCGGAAAAAGCAAAAAUCUGCAGACACUAACACACUUUUUGUCAGAUCAUCCUUCGUUAUCUUGGAUGCAACAAAUAUUUGACCAUAAGUUUCCUGUGGCUGCUAAUACAUUAUUUAAUCUAGCUAAUACAGAAAAGGACUCACUAACGAGACAAAAAACGAUGCUAAGUCUUAGUAAACUAGCAAAAUUGGCCGGACCUACAACGAGCGAUUUGGAUAUCUACGUAGAGAAAGUUAAUAAUCGUCUAGGACUAAUUAAUUACCAAGAAGAACUGCCAGAUUACGUUCUACAACAAUUCGGUUAUGAUACUAUGAAACCAAGUGUGAUUCCUCCAAAAGAUUUAAUAACUCUACAUAUUUGUAAAGAGUAUUCAGAUGCUAGUGAAUUCGAGUUCAAAAAAGCUUUGGAUAUAUUGAAUUUUGUCGAUGAUGAUGAGAUUAGAGAUGAGUUGCAUUUAAAUAUAUGGAGAAGUGCCAUUUUAAGGGAUUCUUGGAAUUUCAGGAAUUUGGACUCUCCUAUGGAAGUUUUGAAUACAACCCUAUUUUACAAGAUUGUAGAUUUAUUGUUGGAUUUGGGUGUUAAUCCUCAAAUCCUACUUCCGCCAAUGAGCAUACUUUUGGAAGGUCCAGAGUUACAGCGCCUAAAAGAUAACCCCAACUUUCAGUUUUUGAUAAAAACAGCGUACGAAUACAUAAAUCGCACACAGAUUUUAGAUUAAGUAUAAAACUUUUUGUAUUUCUAGAUAAUAAAAGAUAUUUCAUUUUUA